CUAUUAGCAAAUCUGUAGGCAACAGCAGGAUUGUCAAGAAUCCUGUCAGUUUCAGGUUGACCUAACAAACCACUGUUUUCUCUUUUUCUAAAUCUUCCUCGAGUUCUGCUUUUACACCUACAGGAAAUAUUGGACUGAUUGAGGAGCAGUUGGACAAAGCUGAUUUAUUUGUUUUAAAAAAGUCAAAACAAUAUUGAAACCCUGAAUAACAUGUUGUUGUUUAUCACACAGUAACUACUUGUAUGUUUUAUCUUUUCCCCUUCUGUUUAUCCUUUUGUCUUUUACAUCUUGAUCCUGCAAAUACAUAUGUGUUUAAUUUAUGGAGGUGAGUCCCACUGAGACUGCUCACCUGUGUAAAGUUAUUCAGUUAUAUAAAUGUUUGCAGGAUCAGGGGGUUGGAUUAUAAAUGUUUUGGGAGAGGGAUUCUGUUUAUAUAGGACUAGUACACUGAGAUGUCAGUCAUGACUGAGGAUUUUGAGUAUUACUGCAGUACAAAUAAUAGAGAAUACAUAAACAGAGACUUUCUCUGAGAAGAGUGUUUGCGUAUAGAUUGUGCUAUUGAUCUGGGAUUCUCAAACUUCAUUGAACUGCAAUGCCCUUCUGACAACAAAAAUUACUACAUGAUCCCAGGAGAAGGGACUGAAGCCUGAGCCUGCCUGAUCUCCACUGCUUCAGGUGGGGAUGGGGGUCAAAACUAAAGCCCAUGCCCCACUGUCCUGGGCAAGGAGGCCAAAGCUGAAGCCCAAGGGCUUCAGCCCCAGGCAGGGAGCCUUUAAUCUGAGCCUUGCUACCUAGGACUGAAGCCCUCAGGGUUCGGUUUUGGCCCUUGGCGGUGGGGCUCAAGCUUCUGCUCUGGCCCUGGGCCCCAGCAAGUCUAAGCCAGCCCUGGUGACCCCAUUAAAAUGGGGUCCUGACCCAGUUUGAGUACUGCUGCUGUAGAUUAACUCUACCACCUCAGCCUCCUAAAAUAACUCCAGCCUAUUUAGUGAUAUAUGUAUGGUUGAAUUAAAAUGAUUCUGAGGCUGUGUUUACAUUAUCUCCACCCCCGACACUCUGGGGAUCGAUGCAUCAGAGUCAAUUUAGCGGGUCUAGUGAAGACCCACCAGAUUGACUGCAGAUCAGUUUCCAGUCAACCCCACUACUCUACCCCAAACAAGAAGAGUAAGGAUUAUUUGUCUGGCACCUUCCGAAACCAGCAGUACGGCAAAUGCCAUGCAAGUUUAUGCACUAUUGUGGAGUAGUCAAUAAAAGAUGGAUUACAUUUCAGCACCUUAACUUCCUCAAACGAAUGUAUGUAACACAGUACAACAAAGACCUGAGUCAGCAAGCAAAACCAAAGUCAGAUCCAGUUGCACCUCCUUUCCUUGAGAAAAAACAUUUGGGUCAAGAAAAAACAGUUAUACGUGAGAUCAGACCAGUUUCACCUCUCCACCCACCUUCGUCUGAGACUUUGAACAGAAAUGAGUUCAAAGCAGUAAAUUCAGCUGCAGUUGUAGAAGACUUGGCAACAGCUGUAGGAGCAGAAUCCAAAGAAGAAAAACAAUGGAAAGAAAUGAAGCUACAACUGGAUGAUUUACCAGGAAUUUUGGCACGUUUGUCCAAAAUCAAACUUACAGCUCUGGUUGUGAGUACCGCAUCUGCUGGGUUUGCUAUGGCUCCAGUCCCUUUUGACCUAACUUGUUUCCUGCUUACCUCCAUUGGAACUGGACUUGCUUCCUGUGCAGCCAACUCCAUCAAUCAGUUCUUUGAGGUUCCCUUUGACUCAAAUAUGAACAGGACAAAAAACAGACCCCUGGUGCGAGGACAGAUCAGCCCUCUGCUUGCAGUGUCCUUUGCUGCCUCCUGUGCAGUUCCAGGAAUCGCCCUGCUGACCCUGGGAGUAAAUCCUCUCACUGGGGCACUGGGAGCCUUCAACAUUUUCCUGUACACGUGUUGUUACACACCGAUGAAAAGAAUGAGCAUCAUCAACACAUGGGUGGGAGCUGUCGUUGGUGCAAUUCCCCCCAUCAUGGGCUGGACUGCAGCUACCGGCAGCCUUGAUGCUGGCGCGUUGCUGUUGGGAGGAAUUCUCUAUUCUUGGCAGUUUCCUCAUUUCAAUGCCCUGAGCUGGGGCCUCCGGGAGGAUUACUCACGAGGAGGAUACUGCAUGAUGUCCGUCACUCACCCUGCAAUGUGCCGGCGGGUUGCUCUGCGUCAUUGCUUGGCCUUAAUUGGACUCUCAACAAUGGCCCCCAUCCUUGAUGUCACCACAUGGAAUUUUCCACUCAUUUCACUCCCUAUCAACUUGUACAUUUCCUACCUCGGCUUUCGGUUCUACAGGGAUGCAGAUCGCAGCAGCUCCAGGAAACUUUUCUUCUGCAGCCUGUGGCACUUGCCAAUGCUUCUGCUUCUUAUGCUCACAUGUAAGAAAUCCCUGCUAGAGAAAGAAGACAAAAGCGAGCUUUUCAGUUGAAACUGGGUUGCCUUAAUAUCAAUUAGAGCUAAUGACACCUAUUUUUAUUGUCAAGCAGAGGGUCUUUUGCUAAUUAUGGGCAGGAAAAUCUAUGGCAGUGUGUUUAAAGCGAAUCCCUUGUGCCCAGUGACCACUUUACAUAAUUGUUUUCUAAUUUCUUUUUAGAGGGAGGAACUUGGGGGACUUAAAUGGCUCAUGGACUUGGUCAAUGGAAUCACUCCUUAGGUCAUGAGUUAAAAUCCAGCCUAGGUGAAAAAUGAAUCAUGUUCCCUUGGCUUCCUGCUAGACUAUUUGAAAUGAGUUUGGUGACCACUGCAAUGAGGUGAAUAAGUGAAAUGAGCAGAUAUCUACAUGGCAGAGGCACCAGCCCCACAAUGGGCCCUCAUCACUGACAUUCUUAGUGAGGAAGCCAAGGAGACUCAUUGGAUACUGAGCUUUCCUCUGUCCCCCGUGAGCAGGUAUUCUGUCCAGAAUAGACUUGAGGCACAUUGGCAGGGUAGUGAGGGGGAAGCUUGCAUUGCCCCAGUCAUGCCAUCCCUGCUCUGUGACUAAAUGGAGGACUUCAAUUUCUGGGACUGUCAAUCCAGCACUUUUCACAAGGAUUCAGUUCACUUUCAUAUAUUUUCAGAGAACCCAGUUUAUUUUCUAUUCUGUCUUCAGCAUUUUGUAGAUCAUACAACACAAACAGCACAUUAGUAUUUAUUCAGCCUCUGGCUGAAUGGAGAUCGUUCCUAGUCUGUACCUUUCACAUACUCAUGGCAAUUUUUAUUGUGUUCCAUCACAGAGAAAUGUCUCACCCUGGCUAGAGCUCUUUCUGGGAGAAAUCUUUAGGAAUUGAAUGCUCAGGGCCAGAUCCUCAACCGGUGUAAACUGACAUAACUAUGUCAACUUCACUGGAGCUUUGCUGAUAUACAUCAGCUCAUGAUCGGGCGCUCAGAAUCCAAUAAUUUGAGGUUUUCUAUAUGCUAACGUGAAUUGUGCCAACCUGUUCAGUGUAAGAGCCUGUUUGCUGGUAAGGCAUUUCCUGUAAUUAAUUGAGUUCUGAGUCUCAUAAAGAAAUAUGACAACUCUAUUAAGUAUCAUGGCACAGUUGCAGCUACAAGAGAAGAUUGCUAUGAAGUGUGUUAUUGGUGGGGAAUCACAUUUUCUCAGUCUUGAGGAAAAGCCGGUUUUCAUUCCAGCUACCAUCUGAACUUAAAAACUAGUUCAGAAAGUUCAAAUUGCAACCAGCAUAGCUGAAGUUUACUGUAAUGGCAUGGCUGCAUGAGGAAAAUGUGUCAUGUUAUAACGUGUUAAUUAACAUGAUGUAAGACAGUCAGUGCAGACAAGCAUUGACUUGUUUGUAGUCAUGUUAGUGGGUCCUGAUUAACCCAGGGUGCACUGUAUGUUUAGCCAUGACCAACUAACAUGAUGUUAAACACAACAGCACGCUGUGUAGACAAGGAGUAGGUUAUAGUUUACAUUGUGUUAGUUAACAAGUGUAAUAACUUCUUGUAUUUUCCUCACUGUAAACAAGCCCCAAGCUUUUUCCAGUAUGUACAAGGUCCAUUCUAAUACUGUUAUGCACCAGAUCCAAGGCUUUUGCUGAUGGUGAGUUCUGCUGGUGGUGAAAUGCAAUAUUUUAUCUAACAUGAUAUCUAGGAAAGGCCUUCAAGGAAUUUCACGAGUUUGCCAGUGUCCUUGUCACCCUGAUAUAAAAACUUGACAGCAUCCGUUAAUGGUGCAGGCCGAUUCUGGUCUCAGUCACAUUGGUGUAAAUCAGGAGUGACUCCAUUGCCCUCGGUCUCCCUCAGUCUCUGUUGGCAACAGUGCUCUCUGGGAACAGAAUCAGGUAUUUUAAAUGACAUUUAAACAAUCAGACAUAAGAUGCUUGCCUCUCUCUAUUGAUUGCAGAUAAUGGUGCUGAAUCCCUGUUACUGUUUUUCUGAAAUAGACUCCAUUGUAUUCAGGUUGUUUACUGUGGGAACACUGCAUAGGAAUACCUGGAAAUAGCCCAGUACAACUUCUCAAUUUGUAAAAUAUAUUAGUUUGUUCUGCAAUAAAACAUACUGUACAAGA